GCAUGCGUUCUCGACACUUGUGGCGUAGCAGCAUGACGUAAGCCUGGUGUCCGGUUAGCUAGCUUCUGGCUAGUUAGCAAGUUGAUUUAGCGUACCGAGGAAGCGAGAAACUUUAGUUUACCAGCAAAUAGAUUGUUUUCUUCUUCCUUGCUUUUGGUGACAGUCGACAUCGGCAAUGGACGACGAUUCCUACCCCAGGACACUUUACGUGGGAAACCUCUCCAGGGAUGUGACUGAAAUUCUGAUUCUACAACUCUUUACUCAAAUAGGGCCUUGUAAAAGUUGUAAAAUGAUCACCGAGCAUACAACCAAUGACCCCUAUUGCUUUGUGGAAUUCUUUGAGCACAGAGAUGCUGCUGCAGCCCUAGCAGCUAUGAAUGGGAGGAAAAUACUAGGGAAGGAAGUUAAAGUAAAUUGGGCCACCACUCCCAGUAGCCAAAAGAAAGACACAUCCAGUAAGUGUUUGGAACAUUUAUGUACUGGGAGUGAAAAGGGAAGAUAUUUUUGUAACAGUAAUUGUUUUUAUGCCAUUAUAGAUCACUUUCAUGUGUUUGUGGGUGAUCUAAGUCCCGAGAUUACCACUGAAGAUGUGAGGGCUGCAUUUGCACCUUUUGGGAGAAUCUCAGAUGCUCGUGUUGUGAAGGACAUGGCCACAGGCAAAUCAAAGGGGUAUGGAUUUGUGUCCUUCUACAACAAACUGGAUGCUGAGAACGCCAUUGUUCAUAUGGGCGGGCAGUGGCUCGGAGGUCGCCAAAUCAGGACCAAUUGGGCAACGCGAAAGCCACCUGCUCCAAAGAAUUCGCAGGACAAUGGCUCAAAACAACUGCGGUUCGAUGAUGUUGUGAGCCAAUCCAGCCCGCAGAACUGUACAGUGUACUGUGGCGGCAUCCAGUCAGGACUAUCUGAUACCUUAAUGCGUCAGACCUUCUCACCAUUUGGGCAGAUCAUGGAAAUCAGAGUUUUCCCAGAGAAAGGGUAUUCUUUCAUCAGGUUUUCCUCCCAUGACAGUGCUGCCCAUGCCAUUGUGUCAGUUAAUGGCACGGGCAUUGAAGGACACAUAGUGAAGUGCUACUGGGGCAAAGAAUCUCCUGAUAUGACCAAAGGCUCACAGCAGGUUGAAUAUGGUCAGUGGGGGCAGUGGAAUCAGGUCUAUGGAAGUCCACAGCAGCAAUAUGGGCAGCAGUAUGUGACUAAUGGAUGGCAAGUUCCCUCCUACAACAUGUAUGGCCAGUCAUGGAACCAACAAGGCUUUGGAGUAGAGCAGUCUCAGUCGCCUGGCUGGGUCGGAGGAUUUGGAUCUCAAUCGGCUCAGGCUUCAGCCUCCGCGAAUUCAGUCGUGUCCAACCUAACCAACUUCAACAUGACUGGUUACCAGACACAGUGAGCUGGUCCGAACACAAGCCCAUUACUAAGAAGAACCAGCUCUGGUCAAACCAUUAUACAUACAGCAUCUGUUUGCCUCAUAGGACAAAUAACUUUUUUUUUGUAAUGAUUGUGCCCAUUUCACUAAGAAUGUUUAAUUUUAUUUUAUUUUAUUUUAUUCCUCAAAUGAAAAUUUCAGUGUAUGAACAUGCUCCAGGACAAUGAAAUGCAAGUCUAGCAUUAAACAUCGCCAUCAAAUUAAUCAGUCCGAAUGUGUUCUCACUCCUGUGGCGCUUGUUGGCCCCUUUGUGAGAAUUAUCUUUUUUUUUUAUCAGGGAUUAAGCAGUAAAAAUUAUCCUCAUCUCAUGUGACCUUCAUGGUGCGCUUAACCUUGUAUUUGCCUGCAUUCUGGACCGUGACAUCAAAUCCAUCUUGUAUUGCAAUACACAGGUGAGCAGCCUGUCUGUUUUUACUGAUAUGGACCAGAGCAAAGGGACAAUAGGUGACAUUCAAUGCAGUCAUCCUACUGAGCAGCUGCAGUAUCUGUUAGCUAUGGGCGAAACGCUCAAGAUCGCCUCCCGGGAAAAACUCGCCCAAUCACAUUUCAAAUUUGAGAAAAAGCUUUAAAAUACAUACGUAAAAAUCACAUCGCUGCAUCCAAAACUAUAUUUGUGUUCUGGUGGAAUCACGCUUGAAACCUCGAACUACAGCAAUACAUACUCCUAUCGUGUUCUUCACAAAUAUAAAAAUACAUUUAAUAUUUUCCAUGUGUUAGUUGUAGUCGAGUGCGAAUGUUUAUGUACUGCUCGUGCUUGGCGCGUUUUUUUUUUUUCUAUUUGAUACAAUUGGUAAGAAAAAGUCACAAGACUUGAGUUGAUAUUUUAAAUUUAAAUCUGCAACAAUUGCAAUGAGCCACGGCAACCUUGCAGUAUUGGUUUGUGUUGAGCCAAUAGCCAUAGAGUCACUGCAAUAUUGAUGCGAAUGAAAAGUGCUUUGGAAAAAAGACCUAGAGCACAACAAUUUCGAUCGUGUGCUGUGACUUUAAAAUAAUUAAAGCAGUGGUGAGAUUUCUCUAAGUGAUGAGCAAAGUUCAUGUUACUUUCACUGCUCUGACAGCAUGUUCUUUGUAAGCUUUUGAUAUAUUUUGUGUUGGUGAACCUGUCUCAUAACAAAGGAGGGGGAAAAAACCUUUUGAGAUGGGCUCACUGUUGCAUUGAAGUGUUAAAACAAUUCAUCAUCAUCUUGUUAACAGAUAAUCUUUAUGCUGAUUCUGGGCUGGUUUCCUAGAGGAAUAUAAAGUCUUUCUUUUUCAUUCUUUCUUGAAGACCAAUCCCUGAUUAUGGAGCAUUUUCUAAUCAACCACCUUUGUAACGACAAACAGAUCGUAUGUCCUUCCUUACUUUUUUUGUGGCUUUUUGCAUGUUGGUGGAAGGAUUUGUAAAUAUGGCAACCCCCGCCCUCUCUACAUUUGCCCCUUGGUGCACUCUGAAGUGAAUUUCAAUCAUAGGCACCUUUUCAUUUGGCUUGAAAUUACGGUAUGUGCCAUUUGUUGUAUCAUGUGUGUAAUAGACUUGAUUUUUUUUUUCAGAGGCGGGGGGGCUAAAAGAGCUGUUUGGGAUUAACGAGACAAUUGACAAAAUAAUAUCACCAAAUAAUUGCAGCUCCGGUCAUGCUGUGUACAUCACUAUGGGUUGGAUGUUCUGGAAAAACCUUUGUCAGUCAAUAUGAUUAAUUUCAUAUAGGGGGGCCCCUGAAGUGGUUUGGCCAAUUUUAAAUCGCCCACUGCGGAUUUGUCCUUUUUCUUGAAGUAGCAGAAAGCAUAGAUGAUGUUUUAGCUUGAACUGCACGCUUGUGACGUGCACACAGUAUAUGUUUGUUGCAUAAGAUAUUGAAUGUAAUGACAAUUUGCUUCCGUAAUAAGUGAUGUUCAAUAAAAGCUGGGGAUGGUUUUCAUUAGAAAAAAAUAGAAGAUGCAGUUUAGUCACUUGAAAUAAAGACACGUUCAAACCACA